GUAUAUUCAAAAGGAGAAAGGCUAAUCCAGAUAAAUGCAUAAUCUAAAGCAGUUUUACGUUUUUUCCUCUUUUUUUUAAAAAAAAUCAACAACAUAAUAAUAAUAAUAAUGAAGAUUGUUGUUGCUUAUUGUAAUAGUUGUUUCCUGAAACUAAUAGUAUUACUUCUAUUGGUUUGUUCUUGGGUAGUCGUGUCAGAGCCGUUUUCUUCACUUGAAGCCCAACAGCUUCAACUUAUUCAACAAGCUUCUAAAUUUGAAAUUUUGCAAGACUUUAGAAAACCUAAACGAAUUGCAUUCAGCGCUUUUUUUGGUGGAGCAUCCCAUGUCAACUGGGUUCUUACUAUUCUUGAUGAGUUGUCAACUCGAGAUCAUUCUACAUUUUUUAUUACAAACGAAGAACAUUUAAAAUUCGGUAAAUCAUUUCCCAACAUUGAAACCUUAUUGAGUGAUACUUGCAUAAUGUCUCCAGAUCAACGUCCUAAUAUGGUCAAGAUGUUUAGAAGCGCUCCAGCUAUGGAAAGCUUACAUGCUUUGAUAACCGUUUUAAGUUCAGCAUUUGAAGAUUCUUUUCUUCAUCUGAUUCAUUAUUUCAAAACAUAUGAAAUUGAUUUGGCUUUAUGCGAUCACUUUAACUCGGCCUGUGCAGAGGCAUCUCACUUUUUGGGUAUCCCUUAUAUUAUUACUUCAUCAACAGCCUUAGGUCCAGAUACGGCCACUCCCUAUAUUAACAAUGAAUUUCACACCAUUCGUCAUCCUACUAUACAAACAAUGUCCUUCUGGGAACGUUUUGACAAAAGUAUUAUUAAACCCUUUGAGAUCCCUCUUAAACUUUACAAAGUGUUGGCAACGCAUAAAGAAAAAUUACAUACAUUGGGUAUCAGAGAUCCACCCAUGAAUCCUGAAGAUCGUUGGAGAUCAGCUGUAAAGCUUGUGAAUAGUUGUUUUGGCUUUGAACCUGGACGGCCUAUAGGCCCUCUUGUUGAGUUUAUAGGUCCUAUUCUGCAUACCAAGACUGCACCACUCACACAAGAUCUUGUAGAUUUUUUAGAUUCACAUAACCGCGUUGUUUAUGUUGCCUUUGGUCAACAUGCGAUAGCUACUACCGAGGAUCUCAAUUUAAUCAUGAAUGCAUUACUAAACACUUAUAAGAAUGGUGAUAUUGAUGGCAUCAUCUGGGCGACCCGUCAUCUUAACUUCCCGCCUUAUUUUAAAAUUUCUAAUGUGACCUAUGAUCUCGGAUCAUUUUAUGGGAAUCAUAGUGAUAUUUUAUUUUUAUCGUGGGCGCCUCAGCUUUCAAUUUUAAAACAUGAUGCAGUUAAAACAUUUGUAACCCAUGGUGGAGCAGGGUCACUCUAUGAGGCCCUAUAUGCAGGCGUUCGUUUAAUUAUAUACCCAUUUUUUAUUGAUCAGCCUGGGGCAGCUUUAACAGCGCAACGCAAUGGUCUUGGUCUUAAAUUAGAUAGUCGAGCAACACAACAGGAGGCGAAUGAUAUCAUAAAGCAAGUAGUCUCUGAUGUGAAUCAUACCUUUCAAAAAAAUGUAGACAAAUUUAAAGCUUUAGUACAGAUCAGAGCAAAUAGAGGACCCCAAAGAGGGGCAGACGUGGUAGAGGAGGUCUUAUUUAUGGAUGGGCAAAUUAAAUAUAGAUUUGAUGUACGUGAAAGAAUGUCAUUUGUGAAGGUCUACAAUAUAGAUGUCUAUGCCUUUAUGUGCAUAGUAAUUUAUAGUAUAGGAAGAACUAUCAUAGGAUUAUGCAAAUUUUGUCAAAGGAAAUAUAGUUCCAUUCAUCACAAGAGUAAAAUAUUGUAAAAUGUUUC